AUGAGUACACAAAGUCAACUCCCAGUUAUUCAUAGGAGACAAAGUCUCGAAUUAGAGGCCAGAAAUAAACUUUAUCAAAAUCGUAGUGAAAUUAUAUAUGAUUUCCAUAAGUGGUUCUUGAACACAUUCAGGCUUAAGUGGGGUAUUCCUCAACAAUUAAUGCCAGAUUUUCAUGUAUCUAUUGCCAAAGCUAAAAAAUUUCGAGAUACUUUUCAGUUAAAUAUUAAGGCAGAACUACUUAUUAUAAGAGACCAACUACAGGAUAAGUAUACAUCUAUGGCAGUGGCAUAUAAAGAAAAAAAUCAAGCCUGUGUAGAAUCCCAUGAAUUAUUUCGUGUUGAUCCAGGAAAUAUUGUAAAUUAUGCUAAUUACCAAAAAUUGGAUAGAGAACGAAUGCUUAUUCAACAUAAUAGAUUCAAUUUACACUGA